AUGAUUGAGCUAUGAGUUAUUAUUCUUGUUUUAUUAGGCAUAACUUCAGCAAUAUUCCUCUCUAUCUGAGUUUACUUGAAAUUUUUCAAACCAAAGCCUCUCCCAGAGCUUACUGCACAGCUUUUAUAUGGAUCUGAAAUGGGAGAUAUUGAAUUAACUUCUUUUUCUGCUAAUCCUAAUGCAGAGCCAAGGUACUCAACUUUAAAUUUUUCAAGAAAAUAA